GGCAGUUUUCCUCAAGCUGGCGCCACUAGUACGAUGCGAUCCGUAUUUUGAAUUGCUGUCACUUUGCAAAAAGUCGCCGAUAUUGCGAGCAAAAGAGUUGUUUCUGUGUUUUCAGAGAUGUGAGACGAUUUUAAUCAAAACGCAACCGCAUUCAAAUUGAAACAAGGGCUGAAAAGGUGGACUGGAUUUUUUUUCGUUCAAAUUAAAAUUCAUCAUAAUUUUUUGGAGAUGCUUGUGAUUUAACGUGUUAUUUUUUUUUAUCGUUGUUGUGUGUAAUGUGAUUGAGCCAGACAAUAUCAUUGUUUGACUGAAUUCCGUUCGAAAAACGGCUUGUAAUAUAAUCUAGUGUGUGUGUUUAAGCGGCAGAACAAUGGAUCGAACCAUUAAUUCGCAUAGCGGUAUGAUUCAUGGCAAUAAAAAAUCAAACGAAUCGCCCAAAUUAACCGAAAGUUUCCUAUGUGAUGAGAUACACGAUAAUUUACGCACACUCGCCCUAAUACAUCCGUUCAGCGAUGAGUUUAAAGACGUUUUCGAAAAGGGAAUGUUCAUCAAACCCAAUGCAAAGGCGUUUCCCCAUGUCAUGAAAUAUCUACUCAUGAUCUGCGAUCCAACUGAUUUUAGGAAGAAAUUUUGCUGGCCAAUCUAUAAUAAAGCAGCAGAGGCAACAUUUCGAAAUUCCACAUUGGACUUGCUGAAUAAAUUGAAUGCAAAAUAUGAGCUGGGAUUUGGCGAAGUGAAAAAUAAAAUUUUAAUAUUUCCUGGUGGUAUGGAGUUUAUGCGUGUGAUAUAUGAACUGACUCGACUCUCGAUGCAAAUCGUUCUGAAAAGAAAUGGAAUCAAUGAUCCGGAGCAGCAACGCCCAAUUACUGUAGCUAAUGCGAAGGAGCAAUUUAAUGCUCUGGAAAACCUUCACAAUUUUGUGACCAAUUUCAAAAAAAAGGUGGACUUUCUAUCAACGCAAUUGAAAGCUAAAACGGCGAUACUGCAUCAACUGCUGCUAAAGAUUACGGCUAACACGAAUAUAAAACCCGAGCAUAUUCUGCAAGAAAAAUUCACCGAGAGUUGGAACGAUGUUCAGAAUGAUGUUAUUGAACGGGGAAUAUUGCCGGAUAUUGCUCGGCUAGAAAAAUUCCAGAAAAAUUGUCAACUGAUCGAAGAGAAAGUCACGGCAGUUUUUAAGCAGCACACAAUAACAUUCGAUAGGAAUGCAUUGGCUUCAUUUUCAUCGGAAAUGCAAAAGCAAUAUCCGCAAAACUACCAACAAUUGGCUACAAUUGUCGAAAAUGGUCACAUUAACCCGGGUCAUUUGUUGCAAGCCUUUUCAUUGGCACUGCCAACGAUGCUACAUUUGAUCGAAUCGUACAAACCACGUAGCGUAGAUGCAAUGGCGUACGAAUCGAAUCGACUUCAAAAGAUAUCGCUGAAAACCGAUGAAGUACUGCAGAGAACACUUCAACUCAGCACACCAUCCGAGGUGGAGAAUCCCGAAUCUCAUGGCAUUCAUGUGGCACCACAAUUCGAGAGUAUCCAAUCGAUGAUUUUAUCAACACCGACCAUUUUACAUGAGGCAAUUCGACGUGCUGAAAAUGCGGCGAUUAAACCAAAACGAAUAUCAUUGCUCGAUGAUGCGUAUCAAUUGCGACCAGCCACUGCUUCGAAGCCAUUGAAUUCGAUACUCGAAGAAUCGCUUCGUGGUGACCAAAAGCAAUUCUUGUCGCCCACACGUCUGUUCACUAAGGAGCCAAAAGCCAAAUUGGAUCCGAUGGCCAUUCUUCAGUCGAUUACAAAGAAAGAGAAAAAGGAAAAACCAUUGUCGAGCGGAAGUUUUAAGGCAAAAACAAUGAAUUUCGGUCUUCGACUUGGACUUGGCAACAAUCCACAUGAACAUUCAAAGGCAAAUGAUACGAAUCUUAGCGUGCCGGACUUUUCAUCGACACUGCUCAACCAAUCGAACGACAUCAAAGACACACUGUUCAGUGUGAACGAACAAAUUAACACUUCGUUGGCCAAAUCGGCCGGCAAAAAUGAUUACGCCGGUGCAAACGAUCGAAAAAUGCGCUCUUUGCUUGCCGUUGACACAUUCGAGCAUCCAGACCGUGAUAUAAAUUGCUCACCAUCGGGUCGCAUCGAACCAUUAGUUACGGCGAAAUUAAACU